AUGGCUAAGCCGCGCCUGAUUAUCGUCAUUAGACAUGCCCAGUCAGAAGGCAACAAAAACCGAGACAUUCACCAGACCAUCCCAGAUCACCGUGUCAAGCUCACACCGCUCGGAUGGCAACAAGCACACGAAGCGGGCCGUCGCCUGCGGUCCAUGCUUAAACCGACCGAUACCCUCCACUUCUUCACAUCCCCCUACCGACGAACUCGAGAGACGACCGAGGGUAUCCUCGAGACUUUGACGGGUGAGGAUGAGAGCGAGGAGCCGAGCCCUUGGAAGCGCGAGAAUAUCAAAGUCUAUGAGGAGCCCCGUCUCCGAGAACAGGACUUCGGGAACUUCCAGCCCUGCAGCGCUGAGAUGGAGCGCAUGUGGCAGGAGAGGGCCGACUAUGGUCACUUCUUCUACAGAAUUCCCAACGGAGAGAGCGCUGCUGAUGCGUACGACCGAAUCAGUGGCUUUAACGAGUCCUUGUGGCGCCAGUUUGGCGAAGAUGACUUUGCCAGCGUUUGCGUACUUGUUACCCAUGGCCUCAUGUCUCGCGUUUUCCUAAUGAAGUGGUACCAUUUCACCGUCGAGCAUUUUGAAGACCUUCGAAACAUCAAUCACUGCGAGUUUCUCAUAAUGCGAAAGAUCGAGGAGACCGGCAAGUACCUACUAGAAAACAAGCUACGCACAUGGUCGGAACUACGGCGAGAGCGCCUAGAGCAGCUUGAAUCGGGGACACAGGCCAACAAAGAUGCCGCAAAGCUCACCCGCACAAAAACUUUUGUUUCUCUUCGUCGAUGGGGAGGUUGUCCGCAUGGUUGCGACCACCGGAGGGAAUACAAGAGACGUGAGGACCUCGAAACCCUUCGCUUACGAGACGAGGCUGGUGCAAACGGCGCUAACGGUACGAACGGUACGAACGGCCACAGCAACGGAACUAACGGAAACACCAGCGGGAAUUCCUCCUCGACUUUGAUGACCAUUAGCACUCGCCGCCACAUCACAAAGCAGCAGCGCUCCGUGCAGAUCCAAGACAGUACCACAACAGUUGCCAGUGGCCCUCAAAUCGACAUCACCAAGGCCCUCGAGGAGCUGGACUCCUCCUCGCCAGAUGCAACACCUUCCUUCAUCUCCGCCGAAGACCGCCUUCGUAGCCUCAGGUCUCCUCAUCUCCACAUCGGACGUGACGGCGGCGGCACUUACUCGGGCCACGCCUCGCUCAGCGGUAGCGACGACGAGCUGUCCGCGGACGAGGAAGGCCGCCGACCGGGAAGCAGCGGGCUGGGCAGCCUUGCGGCGCGCAUCCACAGCACCUCGCACAGCAGCAAGGUCCGAAUUCGCCACGUCGACGCGGAAGCCGACGACGACGAGGCCGAUCGAAAAAAACGUGUGUACCUCGACGAGAGCGGAAUGGGCCGUGGCGCAAUGGCUAACCGAUUGGGCGAUCAUAGCCACAGCAGCAGUGAUGUUGGCUCGGACGUGGGGUCUCCGGACACGAGGCCCGGGGACGCCCUCGCGUCGCCUCUCAACGAGGACGAGCUUACCCGCCUGGAAAAGGAAGAGAAGAGUGUCCAAGGGAGCGUUUAUUAA